CUUACAUUGUAGUUCGUUGAGCGAAUGUGAAGUCAGAUUUUCUUCAAAUGUAUAUGCUUCGUCCGUGGAUUUGAACUAGGUGAAAGCAUAUAUGCAUAUAUUAGCUCGGCUGACAUUUGUAAGCUGUCGCUAGGUUACUGUUUGUUGUGUUUAUUUGUUUUAACAACGCUUUUUUGGUUUGGGAAAGGUCAAGGGAGCAUCCGCUUUGUAUAAAGUUUAUUUCGAAUUUUUUAUUUCCAUUUAGGAAUAUUAAAGGUAACCGAAGAACACUGCCCGUUUUGAUAUACAACUAAUUAAAAGAUGGAGAUAGCUGGAAUACCCAUGCUUACUUUUGUAGGCUUCAUUUUAACAAUUGUUGCGUUAGUGAUCGAUUUAAUUGGUUUUGCUGCUCCUUAUUGGUGGUAUGUUUCAGUAGGAAAUGCAAAAACGUAUGCCGGUCUCUGGAAAUAUUGUGGUGGUUAUUCGGGAGCAUCAACAUCUUGUGUUGACUAUGUAGACUUAGAAAACAUAGAAUCAUGGCGAAAAGCUGUUCAAGCCAUGGAGACCAUUGGUUUCUUAUGUCUAAUUGCUGCACUUGUUGUCGUCAUAUUGAAACUAUUCGUCUUAAAAGAUAAACCAAUUCUAAAAUGGGUAGCUGUUGGAUGCUUAGCUGCAGCAGCGGCAUUCAUUCUGAUUGGAGUUUGCAUAUUUGGAGGAGAAGCAUCAACACUUGAAACUGAUAAUCUACAUUUUGCCUUUGCCUUUGUGAUAAUUGCUGCUAUAGUUGCCAUCGUAGCGUCCAUUAUGUUUUGUUUGGACAAGUAACAUAACAUUCUAUAGAGUAAAACGACAUUAGAAAUUUUAUAUAAAUUAAUUCUGUUCCAAUUAAUUUAAAAUGAAGUUUGGAAAUUAGUGCGAAGUACUUGCUACAUUUUGUAGUAUCGUUUUAGAAUUAUACUUACUGCCGGUGUGACAUUAUAUGACUAUAAAGGAGAAGGUCCGAUAAGGACCGAUUUUGGCUUUAAAUUUCAGGUUCAUCUGACGAAAGAUUUUGACUACUUAAAAGUGUCUAUUUCAUUUCAAUAAACUAAUUUAUGAGAAAGAUUUGAACUGAUUUAGUCAUAAAUACGAUCUGAUUCAAGCUCAAAUAUGAAAAAUCUACAAUGUAUGCCGAAAAGAAUGUCACUUUUCAGAUGGUUUUUGUCAAAAAUGAAAGUGGUCGCAUCCGUGUUCAUCCUCAACCUUUAUACAUGUUAUGUAUUAUCAUAAAAUACAACUUACAUUUCAAUAUAAAGGAUGAACACGAAUGCGGCCACUUUCGUUUUACACGAAAACCGUCUAAAAUUUAACUAAAAUGCUAGAGUUGUAAAGAUUAUAGUAAUUUAGCAUCACUUAAAUGGUGCUAGUACCCGAUAUAUGUGCAUUGUAUUAUCAAAAACAGCCCAUAGUCAUGUAGCAGAAGCAUUUUACUGUCCAAUAAAUAACUAAAAGUUUACAUUUUAAACAACUUUAUAAAACUACUAUAUUUUGGGGCCAAAUAGGGGUCUUACUGGACCUACUCCUUCUCUAAGAGUAACAGUACACAUGCUUGACUAACAGAUAUGUAUGCCUUAGUGUUCAAAUUGAUUUUGUAGCUUUAAUAAAUAAGUUUUUCCGUA